UGAGAUAUGUUGCCGAUUGCGCCAAAAAGCGCUAACCAACGUAACCAACCGAGGCACAGGAAUAACUUACUAGUGAACAAACUGCAAGGCUGCAACCCACCAGCCUGUCAUGGGUAAUGCUCAGAACCGAGAGCGUGGCCAGUCGGCGAGCUCAGCGUCGCCAGUCACCAGGGCGACGGUGGCAGAGUCAGCCUUCAGUUUCGACCAGCAGCAGCAGCGGCGGCGCGGCUCGCUGGCGCUGCAGGACGAGGACCCGCUGACGCUGCCGUCGCUGUCGCGGCGCCGCGUCAGCGACGGCGUGGAGCCGACGGCGCCGCCCGUGCCGCCGGCCUCGCCCGCCUCGCUGCCGCACCAGCACUCUGCGCCCAGCGAGGUGCCGGCGCCGUCCGCCGAGCGGCCCCAGCAGCCCCUGCUGCCCGUAGUCAUCCAGUGGAAAAAGGGCGGCCAGGACGUGCAGCUGUGCGGCAGCUUCACCGGCUGGAAGCCCAUCCCGAUGGCCCGCAGCGAGAGCAACAUCAACUCGGAGCACAUGAGCAUCGUCAACCUGCCCGAGGGCCGGCACGAGUACAAGUUCCGCAUCGACGGCCAGUGGGUGGUGGACACCAGCGAGCCCACCGCCGACACCGACGACGGCGACAAGACCAACUACAUCGACGUCAAGGGCUCCGACUUCGCCGCCUGCGAGGCGCUGAACCUGGAGACGGCGCCGGCGGCCGGCGACCUGUCGGGCUCGCCGCCGGGCAGCUACGGCCGCGAGCCGCCGCCCAGCCGCGCCGCCGCCUGGGAGAGCCGGGCCGCCAGCCAGCCGCCGGCGCUGCCGCCCCACCUGCUCCAGGUGAUCCUCAACAAGGACACGCCCGUGUCGUGCGAGCCCACCCUGCUGCCGGCGCCCAACCACGUGAUGCUCAACCACCUGUACGCGCUGAGCAUCAAGGACGGUGUCAUGGUGCUCAGCGCCACCCACCGCUACCGCAAAAAGUACGUCACCACGCUGCUCUACAAGCCCAUCUAGGCUGGUCGGCCGGCCGCGGGGACGAGACGGGGCAGACGGGCCGGCGUCAGGCGGGAGCAGACGCUCGGGUGACCAGAUCACCGCUGAGGCCGGACCAGGAAUCUCGGCGCCAGCCGCCCACCAGUUUGACCAGAUUCACGACACUGAUGAGCUUUUGAGGGCCAGUGGCCGACGAUACCACUUUGUUUUAGGUAUUCAGAAACGUAUGAUAUUAUUACUAGUUUUAGAACAUUUUGCCGUUAUGGGAAUGUUUUUGUUUGCUAGAGGAUUGUUUUGCGUUUCGACACAGUUCGAAAAUGUGUACUCAUUUACGUCGCCGGCUAGAUGCGCGGCGUGUACCCUCUUGCAAAAGUGCCAAAUCUCGGUUCACGUAGUUGAGUGCAGCGUCUGGUGUGUUUUCGUCUCCGAAUUCCGAUUAUCAUUGUAGUUACAGUAGACCCGUAACCCGUUCGGCUGCGUGUCAGUUCGUGAUCGGAAUGCUCGCUCCCUGUGUUCGCUGUUCCCCGGAGACGAGUCACAUCUGUGCAAUACGCGGUGCGGUUCUGCCGUCGGCCGCCAGAGGGCAGGCCGCCCGCCGCAGCUCGCAGCCCGGAGCCGGCGCUGAACCCACGCUGACCGUACACGCACGCAGCUGUGUCCCUGCACCACGCGCUGUGCCAGUAAUCUCUUAGGGAGGCCGCCCCAUGACAUGCUUAGUGGUUAUGUUUAUCGUGUGUUUAUGCUAUCUCAUGACUUGUUUAUGAUCUGGUUCGAAAUUAGGCUAGCCUGCUCAAUCUUGCCAGGAAGGUCUUCUAGUCUGUAUCGCUAUGUCGGUGACUCUUGGAGCUUAUGAUACCCACCUGUUUAUAAAGCGUCGUAUUUUGUAUCGUAUCACACAGCAAUCUCGCCAAUUUCGCACGCGGACUGCCCUUAAGUCUCUUACCGCAGAUGUGCAGCCCGCGGUCCCACAGUCUUUCGGUCUGGACACUGCUUCGUCACAGGGCCCGCUCGAUCCCCCACUGCCGACUCGGCGUCCGACCCCGUGUAACAAACCUGCCGUUCAUGAGCUGUCGUACUACCCGGGGUAGAUCAGCAGGGCCGGGGGAGGCUCAUGUAUUGCCCCCCCCCCCCGCGCGGCGUUCCGGUCAGUCUGAUUCCCCCACGCCCAGCCCAGCGCACUACGUCGAUCUGAACAGGCGCUGUGCGAAUCAAUCAACAUCGCGACAAAUCAACAUUCAGGCUCGUGCAUACUCGCUUUGCGCAUUGCUUACAUGUGUUUGCGCCGUGAUGAUUGUUGGAUGUAUUCGUAAAUGCAUUACAUUGGACU